CUGCUUGCAGACAGGAGACAGGAUCCAUGGCAGCAAUCAUGGCAGAAGCUGAGACCCGUCAGAGGCUACUGCGCACAGUCAAGAAGGAGGUGAAGCAGAUUAUGGAGGAAGCAGUCACCAGGAAAUUUGUUCACGAAGACAGCAGCCAUAUUGUGUCCUUUUGUGCUGCAGUGGAGGCAUGUGUUCUGCAUGGGUUGAAACGUCGUGCAGCAGGCUUUCUGCGUAGCAACAAGAUAGCUGCCCUCUUCAUGAAAGUGGGGAAGAACUUUGCCCCAGCCGAGGAGCUGUGCAGGAAGGCCCAGGAGCUGGAGCAGAUCAUCGAGACCAAACGAAGUCAAAGCUUACAAAGUCAAGACAGCUUGCGCAAAAUGCCUCGACUGCCCAGCCUCACCCCACAAACCGUCAAGAACCUGUGGAUCCGCACAGCUCUAUUUGAGAAGGUGCUUGACAAGAUAGUCCUCUACCUGGUGGAGAACAGCAGUAAAUAUUACGAAAAAGAGGCUGUUCUAAUGGACCCUGUAGAUGGACCCAUCCUCGCUUCUCUGUUGGUUGGCCCUUGUGCCUUGGAAUACACAAAGAUGAAGACAGCAGACCACUUCUGGACAGAUCCGUCUGCUGAUGAGUUGGUGCAAAGACAUCGCAUCCACGGCGGCCACUACAAGCAGGAUUCACCCACCAAGAGGCCUGCACUGUGUAUCCAGAAGCGGCACUCCAGCAGCAGCAUGGAUGAACGCCCCUCUCCCUCGCCAUCAGCUCGUGAAUAUGUGGAGUCACUGCACCAAAACAGCAGGGCGACACUACUGUUUGGCAAAAACAACGUGCUUGUUCAACCGAGGGAUGACAUGGAGGCUAUCCCGGGUUACCUCUCUCUGCACCAGACUGCUGACAUCAUGACCCUGAAGUGGACACCCAACCAGCUCAUGAAUGGUUCUGUUGGAGAUCUGGACUAUGAGCGCAGCGUAUACUGGGACUAUGCCAUGACAAUCCCUCUAGAGGAGAUAGUUUACUUGCACUGUCACCAACAAGUUGACAGUGGGGGCACAGUGGUGCUGGUCAGUCAGGAUGGGAUCCAGAGGCCUCCACUUCGCUUCCCCAGAGGAGGCCAUUUGCUCCAGUUCCUCUCCUGUCUGGAGAAUGGUCUGCUUCCACACGGCCAGCUGGACCCUCCGCUCUGGUCUCAGAGGGGAAAGGGGAAGGUGUUUCCAAAGCUGCGGAAGAGGGUUCCUCAGGGAUCUGGAUCCUUAGAGUCGGUCUCAGAUAAGGAGGAGGAUGAGGCCACAGACUACGUCUUCCGCAUUCUCUUUCCAAACAGCCAGUCAGAGUUUGUGACUGUAACCCAUCCUCCCCAUCUGACUUUCUCCCUCUCCCUUCAACUGAGUGGACAGUCCCCCUCCAAAACAGGGACUUUGGUUGUCCCCAAGAGGUCCAGCAGCUGUCCUGGAGAAUCCCCUACACUCACAGGAAGCAGCUUGACUCCACCAGACUUGAUGGAUCAGGGAGCUACCAUGUGGCAUCCGACUCUCAGGAAGUCCUCAUGUUCCUCCUGUUCUCAGGGGAGCUUCUCUGAUGGGGCGAUGCCUAAAGGUUGCAACCAUGAGAGGACUCCUCUGAAGCUGCUGUGUGACAACAUGAAGUAUCAGAUCAUCUCUCGGGCUUUUUAUGGCUGGUUGGCAUACUGCCGUCACCUCUCCACUGUGCGCACUCACCUUUCUGCCCUCGUCAAUCACACCAUUGUGGCGCCCGACGUGCCGUGUGAUGCCUACAAAGGACUCACACUAGAUGUGUGGCAGACAUUCCUCCAGGACAGCACAGCCUACCAGGAGCAGGAGCUGCUUCGUUUGGUCUAUUUUGGUGGUGUGGCCCCCUCACUGCGUAAACAGGUGUGGCCUUUCCUCCUGGGCCAUUACCAGUUUGGAAUGUCUGAAGCAGAGAGGAAGGAGGUGGACGAACAGGUCCGAGUGAGCUACCAAGAGACCAUGCGUGAAUGGCUGGGCUGUGAGGAGAUUGUCCGCCAGCGGGAGAAAGAGCAGCAUGCUGCAGCAUUAGCAAAGUGCUCCUCUGGGGCGAGCAUAGACUGUUCCAAUCAGAAGAUGGUCCAUCAUGACUCCAUUGUCAGCAAUGAGUCCCAGUCCUCCCAGAGCUCAGACAGGCAGAGUCUGGCUCGCCUGCAGAGUGACUCCAGCAGCAGCACACAGUUCUUCACAUCCUCCCAUCCCUUCCCCUGGAGUAGCCUGCUUCCCUUUGGCUUGUUCUUUCAGGUGUUUGAGUCUGUAGAGGAGGUGGACCAGAUCGAGACCGAGCCCAAGAGUGAAGAGACCAAACAGGUGCCAAAGAUGCCCAACGGUGCUCUCCAGAACGGGACGAGCUCCCCUGACUCUGGACAUCCUUCCUCCCGUAACUUCUCCGUCACCUCUGGUCUGUCAGAUGGCUCGCUCAGCACAGAGGACAGUGCUGCACCAGAUGCAACCCAGAGACCUGCAGCUGUCCCUCAGGUGCCACAGAGCCCAGUCAAACCUCCUCAAGAAGCAGUGGUAGAGAGUAGAGGUCUGACAGAAGAACCAAACAUGCAGGUCAAAGGUGAAGUGAAGGGAAAAGAAGAGGAGAAGGAAAAAGCCCCUGAUGUGAGCAAAAGUGCAGAAAACACCAAGACUGGGGUGCCAAGUGAUAACAUGAUCCAAGAAGAUUCCAACAAUGAGACAAGUCUGCAACCCAAAACUGAUGAGGCUGCUCCUGAGGGCACUAAUAUAGGGGUGACCAAGUGUGAAGAUGGAGGUCCUGUUGCACUAGGAGACAUUGAAGGAAAAGAAGUGUCUGAUGAGGAUAAUAUGAUGGUACCCACAGUGUCCGCAGAACCCAAAGGAGAACUUGUUGAACCAAGUCUUAAAAAAGAGGAAGAUGUGAGUAUUGAGGAAACAUCAAAGCUCAAGAAAACUGCAGAAAAAAAUGUGGAAAAGGAAGAAAGUGAAGGAAAAGUUAAGAGAAAUCAGACAGAAAGGUUGAAAUUUGAGGAUACAGAAAAAUCUAAGACAGAUGUGACAGCAGGAGCUGAAGAGCGAGAUCCUAAAGCUCCCCAAGUGGAGAAGAGCCUCCUUUUCUCAACUGACAUCAGGACCACGAGAGCAACAGAAGCGUACUGUGCCUCUCAGAAAGACGAGGCUCCGGUCAUGACUGAAUCCGAUGAGUCUCCCUCAGCCAUAGAGAUGGAGGAUAUCCCCAAAGCCAAAUUUUCCAUGGUGCCUUGGAGCAGGAAGGGACGGUGUGAACCAUCGUCUUCCUUGGAUGACUCGGUCGCUCACAUGGUGCUCAGGCCGGAGGAGGAGCAUGAAAAGCCCAGUCCAGAGGGCACUGAGUCCAUUCUGUCUGAGGAGCCGGAGAUGGAGAGCCUCUACUCACACUUUGACUCUCUGGCCGGACCUGGAGAAACCAAGAAUGAAGUGACCUCUCAAGAGUCUGCUGGGAGUGCCUUCUCUCAAGAGCUUUUGGACUUGUAUACAUUAAAUCUGCACCGCAUUGAAAAGGAUGUCCAGCGCUGUGACAGGAACUACUGGUACUUCACUCCUGCAAACCUGGAGAAACUGCGCAACAUUAUGUGCAGCUACAUCUGGAGGCACCUCGACAUUGGUUAUGUACAAGGCAUGUGUGAUCUGCUGGCUCCCCUUCUAGUCAUUCUGGAUGAUGAGGCCAUGGCCUUCAGCUGCUUCACUGAGCUCAUGAAGAGAAUGAAUCAAAACUUUCCACACGGAGGAGCCAUGGAUACCCACUUUGCCAACAUGCGCUCUCUAAUCCAGAUCCUGGACUCUGAGAUGUUUGAGCUAAUGCACCAGAACGGAGACUACACCCACUUCUACUUUUGCUACCGCUGGUUUCUCCUAGACUUCAAGCGAGAGCUGGUUUACGAUGAUGUGUUUGCAGUCUGGGAAACUAUCUGGGCGGCUAAGUUUGCCUCCUCUAGUCACUUUGUUCUCUUCAUUGCCUUGGCGCUGGUGGAGAUCUACAGGGACAUCAUCCUGGAGAACAACAUGGACUUUACUGACAUUAUUAAAUUCUUCAAUGAAAUGGCCGAGCAUCACAACAUAAAGCAGAUUCUGAGCCUGGCGAGAGAUCUGGUGUGCAAGGUGCAGAUGCUUAUAGAGAACAAGUGAUUGGUUGUGGUGUUUUGUCUUCUUUUCCUUCCCAGUAAAGUGUAAACGGCUGUAGCAGCACAAGAGUUAAACACAUGUACACACACAAACACACACACACACACACACACACACAAACACCAACACACUACAAAAAGCCUUUACAAUCACUGUUUGCUGCUAUGAGCUUUACUAACUGUAUCCACUAUGUUGUUUGUGUUGUCAACGGGUGUACGAGAAUAUUAUGCUUCAUAUUUGUCAGUAUGUUCAAGUGAAAGCAAACGUAACAGGAGAACUAUUUCUUUGAUUUGUAAAUGUUUUAUUCAGAAAUCCCUCAAGGGUCAAUCUUAAUCACAGUGCACUUAAUAUUUUGAGAUAAGGAUGGUUGUAGUUGCACAUUUCAAACCAAAAUACAGAGCUGAAUUCAACCAGAGACUAUAUUUAUGAGAAAAACAUGUUAUGAUAAUAGUUUUUAGUACUUAUUUUAAUAGUUAAAGCCUACAAGAUUACAUAGAAUGUUGGUAAUAAAAGCAGGUUCUCCCUCUAUUCCUCUCCCCUAAUGAAAGAAUGAAUGUCAGCAGACUUUUAUGUUUUUACCCCAAAAUCAAACUGAUUUUCACUGAUGACUGAUCUAGAAAACUUUUAAGUCUUCUAGUCAAAAAUGUAACCUCCAAUCAUGUUUAACAGACUGAACCAUUUCAGUGAUUUAAUAUCCGACAGUGUUUUCAAUGUCUUGAACUUGCCUUGUCUGCCAAAUAGUAUGUCUUUAUUUGUCAUGUGUGAAUUGUAUUGUAACGAGGGAAAAUUGUGUUUUAAAUUACGAGAAUUAUAUUAAGUUAUCACAUGUAGAAUCAUAUCCUGAUAUUUAAGUGGCUUAUGGAUAUCUGAGCAAAGGUUUACACAAAACAUCAAACCUGAUUUAAAGGUCCUCCAAGUUAUGUUCAUCAUCCAGUGAAACGCUGUAUAUUUUGUAAACUUUACUCACCUUGAUUUUUUUUUUGUAUUGUCUUGUAUUAUCUGUUAGCAUUUCCUAGACGUCUAUUCUUUGAAUCAAAUCUUAAUUUCAGUUUGAAUAUGAUUUAUAAAUUGGGUGAUAUUUUAGUCAAUGUGACCAAAUCUUUAGUGUGAGUGGCCUCAUCACAGAGUUGAAAAUGAAAGGUUAAUUAUCUGCUUCUGACUGAUUUUCAAAGUUGAUUGCAAAUGACCUGAUGUGAAGAAAACCAUUUGUUUUAUUGCUUUGAAUAUUUGGAAUUCACAAGGAAAUACAAUAUAUAU